AUUGAGUAUUACGUCUUGGCUGCCUGGCCUCCGUUCUCUUCUUGACCGUCGUAGCCGACCUUGACACGCCCAUAGCGCAGGGAAUAUCCCUCUCUAGCUGCUCGUAGGUCUUGGCGUCAGCUGUAUCUCUGCCUACUCAACAGUGUCAACACUGCAACAAAGGGGCCAGGACAUGCAUCAAAGCUACUGAAACGAGAACGGAUGCACUACACGGACGCUGGACUCUCAUUUUCGAAGCCUGCUGUAUGAUCUCGGGUCUCUGCGGGCAUCAGAGAAGUCUGACCAAUAUAGACUCGGAAUCUUUAAAGACACAGAGAACCAACAGGAAGGGCACGCUACGCUGAGCGGCAGAAGCAUAUAUAAUAUAAGCUCGCCGUGGCACAUACUGUGUGACUUUGACCACCGGUUUGGACGUGCAGUCACGAGUGACACCUGCGAACUAUUCACAUUAUGGCCGAGGAGAUCGAUCUGGACACCAGUCGGAUCACGCAUUGGCGGUCCAUCAUCAUACUCAUCGUUUUCGUUUUGACCAACCUUGUUGUGCUUUUUCCAUUUCACAUCCCCGUGUACAUCCCGCGUGUGAUUUGUGAUGGCACUCGAAGCCUAUUGCAAGCUGCUCGAAUCAUCUCUCCGGAUGAUGGUCCGAGAAGAGACACUACUGCUGAUCAUGGCAAGUUCGUACGAAUGCGGCUCUCCAUGAACUUCCUCACGGCGCCAGUCAUUGCCGACCUGUUCCUCCUUGCCAUUACCGCCAUUGGACGGACAGAAGUGCGUGAUGGCACUGUGGGCUCCAACCAUAUCGCUCCACUCGAUAUCAUGGCAUUCUUCAUCAGCUUGGCAUACAUUGCCAUUUCCAUCGAUGCCUCUGGCCUGAUCAGGUUUCUGGCUUUCAAAGUGCUCCAAAGGGGUGGCAAACAUGGCAUUCGUCUCUAUCUCUAUCUUUACAUCUUCUUCUUCACGCUCGCUAGCUUCGUGGGGAACGAUCCAAUCGUGCUCUCCGGCACAGCAUUCCUCGCAUACAUGACGAGAGUCUCAAGGAACAUCACAAAUGCCAAGGCAUGGAUAUAUGCACAAUUCGCGAUGGCGAAUGUCGGUUCCGCAGUCCUCGUUUCCUCAAACCCCACCAAUUUGGUGCUCGCCGGCGCUUUCGGCAUCAAGUUCAUUGUCUACACGGCGAACAUUAUCGUUCCUGUGAUCGUCACGGUUCUGAUCCUCUUUCCCUGCUUGUUACUUCUGGUAUUCCGUCAGGAUGGUCUGGUUCCAAGAACAGUUGAGAUGCAUGAACUGCCUGAAAGCGCAAAACAUGCUCCACCUGUGAAUCCCAAUAUUCCCAGACCUGCUGGAAGUGACGAGGACGAAGAGCUGAAAGCGCUGUUGGAGAUUAUGCAUCCUUACGUUGACAAGAAGAGCGCUGCGGUGGGCGUGACCGUCAUGACUGUGACACUGGUUACCAUAUUAGUGCUCAAUGCAACAGCCAAAACGGGCCACGAACACCCCGUCUUCUGGGUGACUGUGCCUGGGGCUGUCGUGAUGCUUUGCUGGGACUUGUCGUAUGGAUGGAAACAUCGACAUGAGUCCAGACAGGCUGCCUCCGGAACGCCCACGUCGAACUCCACCACCGAACCUCCUAGUGAACUUCACUCCAGGAACGAAGAAGAAAAAUCGGACUUUCAAGAGACUCUUGGAGGAGAAGACCCCGAGAAGAUGACUAUUGAGUUAGAGAAACCACCCCGACAAAGCGACGUCCCGCUCGCUUCGGUACCAAAAGAGUCCGAGAGCGUAUCAGCACCUCCACUCGAUUCCCGCACCAUCACAAACACCACCACGAAGCAACGAAGCUUGCAGUCCAUCAUCGCUGAUACGUGGAAAUGGCUACGACAGACUUUCCCCACCACGACCGUGGUCGUACAGCAUCUCCCUCUGAAACUGGUCCCGUUCGCUUUGGCAAUGUUUGUCCUCGUCCAAUCUCUCGUCACAUCGGGCUGGGUGGCAACAUUCGCAUAUGGAUGGAGUCACUGGACGAGUAGGACAGGAGUCGUAGGAUCUAUCGGUGGCAUGGCUUUUGUAUCGGUCGUUUUGUGCAACUUCGCCGGAACCAACAUCGGCACCGCAAUCCUCAUCUGCCGCGUCCUCCAAUCCUGGGUCGAAAUCCACUCUCGCAACGGCGACCCCAUUUCGCAACGCAUGUUCUGGGCGACUAUCUACAGCAUGGCUCUCGGCGUCAACUACGGCGCCUUCAGUACCGCCUUCAGUGCCUCUCUCGCCGGCAUGCUGUGGAGGGACAUUUUGGCGAGAAAACACAUUUUCGUGAGUAGUCGGGAUUUUGCAGUGACGAAUUUGCCCAUUAUUACGAUUGCGAUGGUCGUGGGGUGUGUGGUGUUGAUUGGGCAGGUGUAUAUUACGAGGGGGGAGGAGGCGUAUAUGGGGUAGAUGGGGUCAGUGUGAUGGAUGGAGGGAUGGAUGGAGGGAUGGG